AUGGCAUCCGUGGAAGUUUCCUUAACGGUCGGUAGACUGGACGCGUCCCUCGCGCUCCUGACUACUAAAAACCACCAUGUAAUUGAGUUCCCAACGAUGCUACUUCCGGAUAACAUCAAAGCUGGGUCAAUUGUUAAAAUACAAGUUGCAGAGGACGCAGAUCUCGAACGUCAAGAACUUGAGCAGUUCCAGACACUGCAAGAUGAAAUUCUCGAAAAGUACGGAACGCACAGUCCGCAAAGCCCUGUGCUUAAGGUCGUCAAUGUUACACAAACGAGCGGCGUUUUAGGCUGGGAGCCUAUUGAGUUAGGUUCUGCACAACUGAAGUCGCUGUUACUUUACAAAGAUGGCGUGCGGUCUCUCAUGAUACCCAAUCCUUUCAAAACAACAGCCACCAAAAUUUCAGGACUUUCUGUCGACAGUGAAUACACGUUCCAGCUUAAACUUUGCACAACAUCUGGAGACCUCUGGUCCGAAAAAAUAACGCUCCAUACCCAUAAGAUGACAGACAUGUCUGGCAUAACAGCAUGCUUGGGUGCGCUCGAUGGAAUCGAAGGCAUCACAAGGGAACACAUUGAGAAUAGUCUCAAAGAAAUCGGCGCAAAACCAUUACAAUCUCAUGUUACAAUUGACACAACCCACUUUAUCUCGAAUGACAAAGAUAGCGACGAUGAUGAAUUUCAUAAGGCCCAGCAGAGCAACGUUCCUAUCGUGAGACCUGAGUGGGUGCGCGCUUGUGAGCUUGAAAGAAGGAUUGUUGGAGUGCGUGGCUUUUAUCUAGAUGCAGACCCAAAUAAUCUGGCGAGCUACAAGUUUUUAAAACUUCCUCCAAAGGAAGGACAGCAGCCUGUAAGCAACGCGGCUGAAGAUGGUAAUGUGAUGGCAACUGAUUCUAAAUCUCUCAAAGAGCCUGUGGAAGAGGGAGAGGAUGCUGUAAAUGGAGAUAUAAGUGAGUCAGCUACACCUAUCCAAGCUGAAAAAGGCUCUCGCGAGGACACUGUGAUUAAUGAUUCUGCCGAGCUUAAGACUGAGGAUGAGGGAACUCAAGCUUCGCAAGUCAAGCUCGACGAAGCUGUAACAAAUCCCGAGUAUGAUGAUGGAAUGCCAGAAGCAGAUGUUGCCGAACCAGCCGCCGAGUUUGCCGCCGAACCAGCCGCUGAGCCUGUUGCUGAGCCAGCCGCUGAGUCUGUUGCUGAAUCUAUCACUGAGACCGCAGCUGAACCUAUCGCUGAGUCCACCGAAGAGCCUGCCGAAGAGCCUGCCGAAGAGCCUGCCGAAGAGCCUGCCGAAGAGCCUGCCGAAGAGCCUGCCGAAGAGCCUGCUGACGAGCCUGCCGAAGAGCCUGCUGACGAGCCUGAAGUCCCUGUCAAAGCAGAGGCAGAGAUUGAAAGUAUCAACAAUGAAGACAUAAACACUUCCAGGGUGAAUACAGAGCUUGACGAAAGCCAAGAUGCCCAGGCGGUUGCUGAAAACGCGGGUUUUCAUGACCAGCCGCCAGCUAAUACGGAAACGACCGUGACAGGGGAAAAAGAUUUGCAGGAAGCUGCCGACGAGAACGCAGGCGAUUUCGCUUCUAGGCAGGAGGCCGAGAUUCAGGAAGCCAGCUCAACUAUCGAGCCCAACGGUAUGUCGGAAGUUGGAGCUGUAGCUCCAACUUCAAGUCAAGAAUUAAGACAUGGCAACGCCGAAGAAGAUGAAGCGCGCGCUGCAGGCACCCAACUUGACCAAGUUGAAGUUGUAGGCGAAGAUAAUUCGCAGCUUAACCAGAAAGAGGAAAGCACAGAUGUUUCAGCAGCAGAAGAGUCGGCGGAACCUAAUGCUUCUCUGCCAAAGCCCGAGGCCAACGGGACACAGACCUCUAGCAAAAAGAAGAAGAACAAGAAGAACAAGAAGAAGGGCAAGAAAUAG